CGAGCGUGUGAGUGCCUCGCGAAACGCAUGCAUACCGCGGGAACAGGCUGAGAAAUCCCGCAUCCCGCAUUCCGUGCGCUAGUGUGAAGCGGUUCUGUUGAGUUUUUUCUCGCGCUCGACGUGCUAGACGAACGAAACGGCCAAAAACACACAAAACAAAAUAUUUCGAACAGACCGGUUUCCUUGUGCUGACCGUCAUCUCUGGUGUGACUGUGACAAUUCUUUGCGAUCGUGUCGUUUGUUGUUGGUGUCGUUUCUACAAAACAAAUCAAACCCCGGAAAAGAAGAUAAACCUCUACAUUGGUUUCUUUUUUGCGGGCUGGUUGCUGUAUAGCUUGACGGAGUUUCAUCACUGCCGAAGCAGCAAAAGUGCCCUUCCAGCAGAAAAAAAGGGUGGCUACAGGCGUACAGUGACAGUGCGAUUCAGUGACACGAUCGUGCGAUCCUCAUCGGUCGACGGCGAAAAAAGAAAAGAAAAAAGGGAGAAAGAGCGCUAGAGCUAGUGUGUGCGUGUGUGUGUGUUGGGAGUGUGUUUAUGUGUGUCUGUGUGUGCGGAGGGGGUGAAGAGAGAAAACCGGCCACCCUGGCAAGAUCCUCACGAAGAUGUGAAUUUUUGGCCGUUUGGUGUAACGUGUGGCUGUGGCGAAAACAUAUUUCCCCCAAGUGACGUUUGUUGAAAACAAAACGUGCGGUACAAAAACACCCAACGACGGGCCGGUGUUUUUGGGGUUGCUAUUGCUGUUAAUCUAAAGUUGCUGCCGGCGUCUACGCAGAUGCGUCGGUGCAUCCGUCUUGCCGUCCGAGUGCAUACGGCAUAAAAGGGCCGAGUUCGAUACACUCCACGUCGAGCAGUUCGGGGUGUUUGUUUUCUGCGUUUGUUUCUUAUACCCUUGUGCAAAUACCCCUGGCCCGUCCGUUACACAUAGCCGAGAAUGAAACGUGUCGUUCUACGUUUGUAUUGAAAGUUUUCCAUUCAUCUUUUUAAUUGUCUUAUAAUGCUCAUAUGCUUCAUUAGUAUAAAUAUGCGGCUGUUUUAAGUUUUGGUUAAUCGAUUCGACCACCCGCUUGCUUGGUGGGGAAGGGGACGAUGAUGCACAUUUUGCCAAUUGCAUUUCGAUGUUUUUCCCCACCUUUUUCCCUAUCAGUGAGUGAGCGUUUGUGUGCGUUCGGGUGUAUGUGUGUGUAUGUGGUGUGUAUGCAAGUGAUUUGAAGUGUGUGUUUUGUUGAUUUUUUGUAUAAAAAAUUCACAACUAAGUCUCAUCAAUUUCGUGUUGUUUCAACUAUCACCUACAUAGUGUGCGUCACCAUAUGGUGUAUGAGUGCGUGCGUGUGUAUGCGUGUCUGAGAAAGAGGUGCCGUAUGCGUGCAUGUUUCUUCCCGGUAAUGCCAAUGGAUACGAAACGCGGCUACCGAUGAUUGUACCGGAAAGGGGGGCAAACAAUAUUGCUUGAUUUGCCAAAUUUUCCUAAAGAAAAAAAAAACAUGUGUGCGAUCAUGUUUCCAUCAAAUGAGAUGAGUGCAAUUUUUAAUGCUUUUCAAACCCCCCCACACCAGUGUCAAAAAGUGGCGUUUGUUUGUUUGCGCGCGAGUGAAUGUUAGUGUCUGUGCGCGCACUUGAUUGAUCGGUCGUUUACGGUUUGAGGGAAAGGAGUUAAAUCGCACCCACCCCGGAAUCACGCUGCAACGUGUGACAAAUAUGUCAAAUAAAUUAAACAACGAAGCGAAAAAAAAACACCAUAUCGAGUGUGUGCAGAAAGGGUAGACAGGCAGGCAGGUGGUGUGAAAGAGAGAAAAACGACACACACACAAACAAAUAAAAUUCCUCUUCGCGUUUUUUGGGCGAUGAUAGUGUUUUGCGGAAAAUCUACUUACUCCCCCAUAACGCUUUACCAACCCCGAAGAAAACCACCCUCUGCACAACAACCAGCGGCGGCGUGAUUUGACACUUGAGCCUCCCACAAUCCGGCUUUAGUAGUGUGUGCGCGCGUGUGUGUGUGUGUAUGUGUGCGUGUGUAUGUGUGGAUCCCUUUCUUGUUACAUGAAAAAUGGAUAGGUUCAAUGACACGGCACCUCGCACGAAGUGAGCGAGCGUGUGCGUUUAGCAGUGUGUGAGAGAGAGAGAGAGCGAGAGAAAGAAGGGAUGAUAGUGCACGAGACGCGUGUACCGGUACCGUAUGUGUAGUAUGAAUCAGCAUUGAAAUCUGUUCCCAACGUCCGUCCACCCCAUCAAAAUCAGAGAGAGAGAGAGAGAGAGAGAGAGAGAGACAGGCCUAAUGAAAGAGAACAAAACCGAAUGACCAGUGCGAGAUAAAGUAGACAAAGAGAGCUGUACAGGAGAAAAGGGAAAAGAAAGAGAAUAAACGAGAUAGCAAAUGCGCGUAAGCGAGAGGAUCGAAAAAUACAGUUCAAUCACAUGGACCACUAACUCCAACAAUGCACCACCACCUCCACCCUUUUGCGUUCUAGUGGGGAAAACGUCAAACGUCAAAUAUUCGAGCGCAAUAGAUAGAGAGAGAGAGAGAGAAAGAGAAAAAUUCUCUUCCCGUUUCCAUUCCCUUCUUGACCACUUCUAUGACCAACCCCUAUUUGGGGGGGUUGCUAGAUCACAAGCGAAACUUCAACCCUAGCGAACCAUUAUUCACAAACGGACACAUUGACAAUUUCUAACACCUUUGCGUCAUCUGUCUGGUGUCGUGCACUAACAUAAUCCACCAUUUCUAAUAGUACGAUCCCUUUAACAAUUAUCACCCUGCUGACCAUGCUUGUGGUUAGCACGCUAAAAUUCAAGCCUGUAUUGGUAGAGGCUUUUGGCAUUUCCUCACUGCUACUUUCAAAAGGUGCAGUUUACGAUUGUGAUCCACCGUACUCAUACACAUGCAGCAACAAGACCUGUACGGUCACAAGAUUGUCACUAGGGAAAUGAUAAUGGCAUGAGCGGGUGCUAGAAAACAUCAUUAUCAGGUGUGUCUUUGCUUUACCGGGCACCUGCUCUGCUUAUCGGUUUGUUAUCGGGGAUCGUAUGUCGAUUAGGGCACACCGCUAUGACAAGUUGCACACCACUUACACAAACACAUGCUCAUGCGUACGCGUAAACACUGUUAGGGAAAAGCAUUUGGGUUUUGACAAGCACCUGAAAACCACUUGUUUGCUUGGCAGAGCACACCGUUGCUCAGUUAGUGGAUUAAAACGUUACUUUUCACCUAGUAAUAGUAACGCAUUUGGUAACGCAUUGUAACGAUUACUAGAGUGCAUUUAAAUAGUUGAUGAGCGACUUCAAAUUAGUGUUCAAUAACAUAUUCAACAAAAGAUAUUAAAUCAAUCUUGUGUUAUUUUUAAAUUGUGGAAAAUUGAGUGGCUUUCGGUUUUUCUUCCAUUCAUCUUGACUGCAUCUUGACGCAUAUUCAAAGCCACCAUUUUCCGGAAUUGUUCGCUCCCCCUGUUUUUGCUGGGAUGGGCGACACGACACCACCGAUCGGUCCCUGUUGCCGUUUUUUGGUUGCUGAAUUUUUACAGGAAUUUUUGCCUCCGCACUCCACUAGGAUGUACGCGCGGUGUCAUUGAACUCGCGGGCUCGCGCCGUAUGCUCCCUUCAGCCGACGGGCCGUCUACACGCGGUACGCCUUCGCUCGCUUAGCCGGGUGACUUCCCACUCUUUCUCUCCGCUCCGCUCUAUCUCGCAUCGAGUCACGCACUGUCUCUGUUUCUUCGUUUUUUGUUCUCUUUCCCCUCCCCGUUCCGCACACCGUGCCGGUUUUUUUGCGGUUUGAUCUUGGUUCCUGCGAUCCUUCAGCCACGCGUGAUCCUGAUGCCAUGGACGUGAAGGAACCCCUGACAGUGAUGUGAAAAAAUUCGCGCCUAAAAGUGCUAUAAAACAAAAGAGUUUCAAAGAUUUGGUGCCUAAAAGAAAACAAAACAAAACAGUGGGUUAAACAGCAACUGUUUGUGGAGCUGAAGUAAAAAAAUUCCCUUUACAAAAAACGCAUCAAAGUUAAAGCCGGAAGCCGAACAGCGUGUGUACAGUGAACCAGAAACAAUUGUGUCAACAUCGAACAGCUGCAAAUAGAUGCAAAUGAAAACCCAUCGGUGAACGAUUACGGAACUGAUUUAUCGAAAUUGCAUAAUUUCACAGCUCUUUCUAGUGACAGUGUGAUAAAUAUUUAAGAGCAAAGUGCAAAUAAAAACAAAGAAUCAUACAUCGCGUGCGUGUUUAUCCGCUUUACGUCUACACUACGAAGUGAUUCAUUAUUUUCCAGUGUGCAAAGUGUAACAUUGAGGUGUGCUGAUUGCUUUCGAGAACAGACAAUUCUUCGUGCCCUCAAACUUAUCUUCAAUCAGAAUUCUACGGCAGGAAGGUAACAAACCCGCUGCAAGGAUGACUGUCGAAUGUAUUGAGGAUUUGUAUCCAACCUAAACCCUUCCAGCUGGUUAUGGCCAGCCAAGGGUUAGCGAAGCUGUGCGUAAAGUAGUGUGCAUGUGGCAAUAGUAAAGAUUCUCUCAAAGGUGCAUUAAAGCAAACGUUUACGAAUAAAACUAUAAGGGGCAAAAGCCCAUUUACCCGUACCAUCGGGAUCGGUACUAACCGGCUCCGUACUACAACAUUCGACUACCUCAGUUACAACUGUUAAAAAACGCCCCCCCUGGGGGGAAGAAAAUACCCACGACAACUCGCACCCGAUACAGCUCGGUUUUUCCCAGCACCUAGGACAAAAGCUUUCGGCAAAUGGAUGACGGAGAAUUUUUGGACCUAUUCAGUCAAUCCUGGAAUGGUAAAUACCAUGCGGCGGCCAAUCGUGCGGGUGCUGGCGACGAACCGACGACCGGUGGUAGCUACACAAAUUCGGCGGCUGUGGCGGCCGCAGCGACGGCUGCAGCAACGGCUGCCGCCAUGGCAGUCGCUCCCAAGCUUACCUCGCGGCUUAUGCAGCCGCAGCCGGGUUCCGCGGCCGGAGCAGGAGGGCAGAGCCUGUAUACGGGCAACAAGCACUUUCUGGCACACUUACCCCCGAACCACAAACCCGCCACCAACACCAGCAACAGCACGACGAACCCCGUGGGUUCGAAUCGUCAUGCUGCGGCGCCACCGUUCAACGUGUCGGCAGGUGCUCCAACGACUGAUUUACGUGAUACAAACCUAGGGCCUUUAAGAAAUACCAGUAGCAGUAGUACCGGCAGCAACGCGACCAACACCACCAGCAGCAGCAGUACAGCGAGCAGCAGCAACGGCACCAGCCAUAACACAAAUACCACCACCAACGGUGCCCAGCAUCUGAUGGGUGGUACCGGUGCCGGCAGCAACUUUGCCCGCGAAACACGCGACUUCCCAAAGCUAAGCCAUCGGCUGUUACAGCCACUGAAUGCACACGAUCAGCCACCGCCGGGUGGUGGCGGUUCCGGUACUUCCGGAUCUUCCCAGCCUACAAUGAUACGGGGCGGUCAGGAGGAACAGGAUUAUAAUGCAUUCUGCUCAACGCUGUCGGCCGUCGCAUCGAUGGCAGCUGCAUCGCUUGCGAUGGAGGAAGAGGAUCUGGCAGACAGUACAACACCACCACCGCCACCAUUUUCGUCGAGUGCACUGCUUGCCGCUGGACUGACCGGGAAUGGUGGCGGAGGUACCAGUGAUGCUAGUGGUGGUGUGGAAAGUGAUCUCGGCCCGAACGGGGAACUGUUGGGUUUGAAUGGUCACCAGCAUGAGAAAAAGACUCCCAAUUCAAUUAGAGCUCAAAUCGAGAUCAUACCGUGCAAGGUGUGCGGCGACAAGUCGUCCGGGGUGCAUUACGGUGUGAUCACCUGCGAGGGCUGCAAGGGCUUCUUCCGAAGGUCACAGAGCUCCGUCGUCAACUAUCAGUGCCCGCGAAAUAAGCAGUGCGUGGUCGAUCGGGUUAACCGAAAUCGAUGCCAGUACUGUCGACUGCAAAAGUGCCUAAAGCUGGGAAUGAGUCGUGACGCUGUCAAAUUUGGACGCAUGUCAAAGAAGCAAAGGGAAAAGGUCGAGGACGAGGUACGGUUUCAUCGGGCUCAGAUGCGUGCACAAAAUGACGCAGCACCGGACAGUUCCGUGUUCGAUACGCAGACACCUUCCAGCAGCGAUCAGUUGCAUCACGGUUACAAUGGCUACACAUAUUCGAACGAGGUUGGCUACAGUAGCCCGUACGGUUACUCGACCUCGGUGACGCCACAGCAGACGAUGGGCUACGACAUCUCGGCCGAUUACGUGGAUAGUACAACAACUUAUGAACCAAGAAGUACGAUGAUAGACUCAGAUUUCAUAAGUGGACACAAUAAGGAUGGCUCGCCGGAACAGAACCGGGCGAUCACGCUGAACGAUAUCCGUUUGGCGCGUGUACAGCAAACGACCGCCACGACCACCACCAACGUUGGAACCGGCAGUGAUGUGAUCGCCGGCUCAGACGGAGGCGGCGUCAAUGAUGGUGGCGGUGGUCCCCGGGGACUUGCAACUCAGCAGCAAACGGGACAAGGUACCGCACAGCAUACGAUCCCGCAACAAGCGCAGCAGCAACAAGGAACUGCUGUGACGGCACUGGUCAACCAUCAAACCACCGGCAACAGCAGCAAUGGCACUACCAGUAAUAGUACAAUUAUAACCAUCAAGCAAGAGCAGCUCACCAAUGUGGAUAGCAUUGUCGGUAGCUUUGUUGAUUCGACUACGUUUUUGCCAUCGCCACCCACCAGUCAGCAGCAGCAGCAGCAUCCACACCACCAUCAGCAUCAGAUGGGUAACGCUACGAUGGUAACGACCAAUGGCGUCGGUGGUAUGGGCGCUGUAACGGCAACGACGGCCGUAGUUGCGGUGGCUGCCACAACAGUUCCAACGCCCGUCUCCGGAUCAGAUGUCACUGGUAGUAAUCUAAGACGGAAUGACUGCUGCCAGAAUCCGAUCACGGCUGGUGGUACCGGUUCGGAUGGUAUUUCGCACUCACAGGCUCACCAUCACCAUCACCAGAAUACACCGGUAUCGUUUGGCGAGGAUGAUAGUUCCUGCGAUUCGCAUACACGAUGGGCCGAAGGUGAUAUCAACGAUGUGCUGAUAAAGACCCUUGCUGAAGCGCACGCCAACACCAACCACAAGCUAGAGAUAGUGCACGACAUGUUUAGAAAACCACAGGAUGUUUCCCGCAUACUCUACUACAAGAACAUGACCCAGGAGGAGCUAUGGUUGGACUGUGCGGAGAAGCUAACGGCCAUGAUACAGCAGAUCAUUGAGUUUGCCAAGCUGAUACCGGGCUUUAUGCGAUUAAGUCAAGACGAUCAGAUCUUACUCCUCAAAACGGGCUCGUUCGAGCUGGCGAUCGUGCGCAUGUCUCGACUGAUGGAUCUCUCAACCAACUCCGUGCUGUACGGUGACAUUAUGCUACCGCAGGAAGCCUUCUACACGUCCGAUUCGUUCGAGAUGAAGCUGGUGGCGUGUAUAUUCGAGACGGCGAAAAGUAUUACGGAGUUGAAGCUGACCGAAACGGAGCUAGCGCUCUAUCAAAGUCUGGUGCUACUGUGGCCUGAACGAAAUGGUGUACGAGGUAACACGGAAAUACAGCGGCUGUUCAACAUGAGUAUGUCCGCCAUCCGGCAGGAGAUUGAAGCGAACCAUGCACCGCUCAAAGGUGACGUGACGGUGCUCGAUACGUUGCUCAACAAAAUCCCCACUUUCCGUGAGCUCUCCAUCAUGCACAUGGAAGCGUUACAGAAGUUCAAACAGGAUCACCCGCAAUACGUUUUCCCGGCGCUAUACAAGGAGCUGUUCUCGAUCGACUCGCAGCAAGACCUGAUGACAUAACAGGAUGAUCAUGGCUAUCAGCAGCCGCCACAGCAGCACCACCAUCACCACCAUAACCACCAUCAAGAGCAACAGUCGCCGCAACAGGGACACUAUCAGCAGCAACAACAGCAGCAGCAGCAGUCAACAAUCGGCACGAUAUCGCACGAUUCCAGCCAGCAGCAUCCCCAGCAGCAGCAGUAUCAACAUUCCUCAUCGGCAUCGUCCGGAUCGUUGUCGUCGUCGUCGUUGUCGUCGUGCGGACGCAGAGCGGACCCGAUCGUUGCCAGCGAGCUGGACGAAGCAAUAGGACCACCGUCGGUAACGGAUAGCAAUACAAACAAUGGCAACAACAAUACGUUUAUCAUCAUCAUCCAGAACGAUGGUGGCGUCGGUGAGGCCCACCUAACGGCGUCGGCCGGCAUCAAUCCUUAAGCUGUACACUGCUCAAAAACAUCAUUUCGCGGUGGUGUGGCUAGACGUAGUAAGACGAACACGAAGCAAAAACAUCCCGAGGUGGCAGAAGAAAAAGAAAAAAAGGAGGAAAAAGAAAACUUUGGAGUAGAAAAAGCAUAAAAACAAACAAAAAAAACAAUCCACUCACACGACAACAAAAAACAUACAUACAUACGCUGGAAGAAAAAAAAACCCGCAAAGAGAAAGCGCAACGUCAGUUUUUUGGGGAAAGAAAACUAGUAUGCACCUUUAGCAAUUGUUGAUGUAAAUGAAUUUACAAGAUUUGUUAUAUUAUUUUAAUAACUCGUAAGUCGAUAACACUGACGCAUAGCAUAGGAAAUCGAGGAAGCAUGGCUAGGGAAAUGAAGACCGAAUAGGUAGCGAAUGGAAUGGGGUGAACGAAGUGACGAGAAAGGAAAUGUAUUUUAAAUUAUUUUCCUUUCUUUUUUUAUAUAUAUAUUCAUAUAUUCGUGCCUCGAUCAUGGAUCAUAUGCUGAUCGUUGUUUUCUAUUGUCUAUUUUUAAAAGAAGAUUUAUUUCUUUUUAUUUUUUAACAAAACAAACACACACACACACAACAAGGAUUAGACUGUUCGUUCCACGCGUGUUUGUGUAGUUUAGCGAAGGGGGAGGAAACAAAAAACACCCCGGAUUAAAACCGUAAGGUACACGCCCGAUACCCGCUUUAGGGGUGGACAUAACGUACGUACAGAUUCACCCUCUCUCUCACACACACACAGACACAAAUACAUACAAAAGGGGAAAAAGAACACAAACAUUAAAAAGUGCAAUGAUCAGUCGAUAUAGGAGCGAGACGGAGCUUGAUGAUUCGAACGGUUCGAAUGUUUGAAUCUGAUCAGAUCCAACCAAAAACGACAUGUUUUAUGUUGCGCAUUAUGUGCACUUAUUGUUUUGCAGUUUGGACUAGUUUAAGACGCAUCGAACGCAGUGCGGUUUAUUUGUUUUCCUUUCGUUUAAGGGUUUUUUUCUCUUAUUUCUUCGUAAGCGGCUAACGUGCAAACAAAGAAGGAUGAUUUAUUAUUUUGUUUGUUUUUAUUUUUUACCAUUUUUGGUUUUCGUUUGGACAACUUAUUUCGUAGCGAAUGGAUGGGGAAAUGAUUAUGGACCGGAAAUGUGCCGGUAUGUUUAGGAAAAUUUUAGACCCGAUGUGUUAAACCAUCGCAGCUCGGCGCUGUCCGAUCUCUGCAACUGAAUAGUCUGAUUUCUUUAGUUAAUACCUUUCCGAUAGAAAGAGAGAAAUUGAUAUGAAAACAACAACAACAAAAAAGGUACAUAAAGAUAAAGCCAGAAAGCUGUUACACUUGAACCAGACAGAAUAGAAUCUCUUCCUUUCUCUCUUUCGUUUAGGGUCGCUUAAUUGUAUGUGUUUUUUGUUUUAUUUCUUAUUUAGCGUAAGUGACUUAGGUAUACCCUUUAUCUUACAUUUGCUGGAUAUGGUCUAGGCAAAACUUUUUGGAACAUAAAGAGCGUGUGCGUAUGUGUAUGUAUGUGUGCGUGUGUCAAAAAUAUAGUAUCCCGUGGUAGGCAAACUAUCAAACUGGAAA